AAAAUGGCGUCUCUAAAGUCUGAUUUGGAUCAAUAUUUGCUACAAAACGAAACUCGAAAAAGUUACAAGAUUAGUUUACCGUUUUCUACACCGGGUUUUCUUUCGAGAACUCCUACUGAAGAUACUCCAACAAGCAGUUCUAGUGCUGGAAGCUGGCUCGAUGAAGUGCAGAAGGAAUAUUUUACACUGAGUCGAACGCAGAGGUUCAUGGGGUUUGGAGUGUGUCUCUUCUUUGGCAUUCUCUGCUUCAUAUUAUCAUUCCUGUAUGUGCCAGUGCUGUUGUUCCAAGCCAGGAAGUUUGCCCUGUUAUUUACACUGGGUAGCAUGUUCCUCAUAUUCAGUUUCAGCUUUCUAUAUGGACCAUGGAACCACUUGAAGUCACUCUUCAGCAAAGACAGAGCGCUCACAACGUUGCUGUAUGGGCUUACACUGUUUGGCACGUUGUACUGUGCACUGCAUCUACAAAGCACAGUGUGGACUAUAGUUUGCGCUGUUUUUCAGGUAAUAGCCCUAGUCUGGAUGAUGAUGGGCUCGAUUCCGGGUGGAGCUACAGGUGCCAGGUUCUUUGGCAGCAUGUUCAAGUCGACAGUGUCGAACACGCUGCCUAUUUAACACCUAGAUCUCAUUCGUAUUCAUGUGGAAUUGUGGUGACAUUUGCGGCCCACCUCGAUCUUUUAAUGAACAUUCUAUAACGAAAUAAGCAGUGUCAUUCAUAUUCGUGUGGUCAUUUAUGGGAUGGCAAGUGAAGCUGCUUUCAUCAGAUGACUAAACAUGUAUUGAUGGUGCCACCAUUUUAAGAUUCACUAGUAAGUUGGCAAUGUUUACAUUAUGCAAUAUUCAGGGCACUCAAUUAAAUUUUCUCAUGCAAUACACUUGGAAAUUUGCAACUUGUUUGUAUUAAUAUUAAUGUAAAUAGUACACAAGUAAGCAUAUACACCUACCACCUAAUGAAUAUUGCAUGAUUUAAAUAUGGCUAACGUUUCCCCCGUUUCCAAACGCUCCUGGUGAGUACGUGCCUUAAAGAUUAAUUGUCGAUUUGUUAGUUAGUUUGUAAUGUGUUAUAAACAGAGAUGGCCAAGCGCCCGGGUUUUAACCCGGUGCUUAUUUAAUGCCGGGUUUAAAUCGGGUUAAUACACAUUAAUGCCCAAAAUCUAGGGCAAAAACUAUUUACUACUAAAUGUUUGUUGUAAGUCGAAUUUCGGUCAAGUUUAAUUAUAUUAAAUACAAAAUGUGUAUUGGUUUCUGAUCUAGACUAUUCGAUUUGCCUUUUUAAUGAAUUGGUUCGCUUGAAAAUCGCAUUGAAAUAAAUCGAUACGUAAAAUCGUAUGGCCUCGAAUGUACAUCCUUAAUGGUGGGAAUCCACAGGAUUGCAAAGAAAUUCUUUUAAAAAUAUUUUUUACACCGAAAUUUGUAAUAAGUAUGGAAUUAUACCAAAUUCCG